AUGAGCGUCAACCUCAACGAUAACGAUCAAGCUCGAAUCUUAGGUUCAACAAUUGCCGUAUCUGCAUUGGCAGAUAUUGCAGUCGUACUCCGAUUCGUUUCUAGAAAGCUCAAGGGCAACUAUGCUAUUGACGACUUCUUAGCAGUCGUAGGCCUGAUUUUCUCGUGGGGAUGUCUUGGUUUGGGUAUAUUCAUGGUCGAUAAUGGCGUUGGAAAACAUGUACAGCUUACGACGCCUGUAGAACAAGUUAAUUUCUUCAAGGCUCUGAUGGCUUAUGAAAUUAUUUACUUUGUCAGUCUCGCGGCGACGAAGAUGUCUAUCCUACUCUUUUACACACGAUUAUUCCCAACACGAGAGUUCAAACUUGCUGCAAAAAUCAUUACAUUUAUAGUCUCAGCCUGGCUUAUUGCGACAAUCCUUGUUUCCGUCUUCUCCUGCAACCCAGUACGAGCUUUUUGGACACAUGAGGCCGGAUCCAAGUGCAUCAACUCGGAGCAUUUCUACAUUGCCAAUGCGGUACCCAACAUCAUCACGGAUGCCUUUAUCUUGAUUCUUCCGCUUCGCAUGGUUUGGGGAUUGCACACUUCAAAGUGGGAGAGGGUCGCUCUUACUUUCAUCUUUAUGCUUGGUAGCUUCGUUAUUAUAGCCAGCAUCAUUCGAUUGUCACAACUUCACGAAGUUUCCAACCCCGAUUUCACCUGGGGUUUUAACAAUACCGUUAUAUGGUCGUCUGUCGAGCCUUCAGUUGCCGUCAUCAGUGCCUGUCUACCAACUAUGCGUCCUGUAGUAGAAUUUAUUCUACCUCGAUCAUGGCGCACUCGGAGCUUCAAGUCCUCAUCCCACGUACACAGUUUCUCCCAGGAUACUUCAAAGUACAUGGGCAAACCUUCAAAAGUUCCGGAUAGCGACCACCAUACUAUCGAUUCAGAAGACCGAAGACUUAACGGUUACUGGGCUCAAUCAUACGGUCAAGAAGUACCGCUAAACCCUGUUACAAAAUCUGGUAGACCACCAUUCAGUGAUUACUCAAAGGAUGCAUCACCUGGAUCUCGUGAGAUUCACGUCGAAACUGAUAUCAAUGUCUCAGCAUCAUCCAUUGUGUAA